CAGCACCUCCGAGUCCGCUUGGACAUACACUGCCAUUCAGCCGACCUAUCUUUCCAUUUGAGCAAAGGGCAUACAGCUGUUCCGUGUGGCAAGAGCAUCGGGUUCAAAUGCACUUGCGGAUGAGCAGAUUAUUUUAAAGCAACCCCAGGCCAGUCAGAGCUAUGAACGCGAACUCUCUAAAGGCCCCCUUCGCCUUUUCUCCUCUGCUUGAUGUGAAACCCGGAGAUGGAGAGCCUGACCCAGUGGACUGGAGUUGCUCGCUUGCAGUACCAUCGUGUCUGGAGUCUUGGGGGCGUUCUGCGGCUUACUCCGAAGGCUCGACUAGCUCACUCAGCCUUGCACUUGGCUGUGAAGACGGGACAUUCUAUCUCUUCCAUGAAUCGGUGCCACCGCCGCAGGUAUCUCGAAGGCGAAGUUCUAUCGAGUCUUCAGCCAGCCGUCCUCCUCGCCUCUCCAAUAGCUCAAGACCUACGAGUCCGCUUCGCUAUGGAGGGCUCGGUGUCUCAAACUCUCGCUCUGGAUCUCCGUCAUCUGCAAGGUCAGCUCUGUCACCAUUCCAGGUCAGCAGGACCCGCGCAGUGUCGUCCGUGACUACAGAACAAGCGGAGGCUCCGAAGAACUAUGUCGACUUCGACGAGGAGACGGAGAGGAUGAAGGGCAUGCUGAAGGGGAAGGGCGUCAGGGAGAAGACACCAGGCGAGCUGCUCUCUCCGAACUCAGAGAGAGGGACCAGCUUGGAGAAAAGCGGCGAAGCACGAAGUCCGAGGCUGCGAGCACUCUCCCCGACUUCCUCAAUCAAGUCCACCUCAGGCCCUCCUCCACCCUCUCCUAUCAUUACCCCUCUUGACACGCCUACGGCGUCAAGUACUCUCUCCCUCACGUGCCACGUAUUCCCACCGAAGUACGGAUACUUGCAUGCAGUCAGGGCGAUAAAACCUUACGACUCGGGACGAUACCUCGUGUGUCUGCAAGAAGCAGGGAACAUCUCCAUUCAUGCAACAUCUGAUGGGUCCUGCAUCGUCACUGCAGCUGUCGACAGCGAGCAUCCGACCCCCAUUGGCACCGAUUUUCAGCUACAUAGGCCCGCGCCCGCUCUGUGGCUCUGGAAGAGCCUUCGUCUUGGUAUACUCGGCGAGUCCAAUAUAAUUCUUGCCUGUGCCUCCAGCGACGAGUCGAGCGGGAUCAACCAACUUGCGGACGGCCUAGACGAUGAGCACGAAGAACAUACGCGGCUUGUUGCAUAUGCGAUACAUCCGGGCCCACACAACGACGGCCGGGAGAUGAACCUCGUGAAAUUGGGCGAUUGGUGUAUCGACGGGACAGCCGAGGGCGUAGGGCUACACCAGAGACCUGAUGGUUCCCUCACCGUGUUCAACGUUUCUUCCACGCGUUGUCUCACUUUACGAUCCCUCGUAAUUGCGGAGACCGUCGCGGCGUCCGAGACCGAAAAGAAGGACACUGGCUCGAGAACUGUGCUACCGCUGCCGAAAACGCUCAAGGAUGUGCUGAAGGUCCUGUCAAGGGAGCGUGUAGAGGACACCGACAAGGAGGACGAGACACUCGUACGGUUGGGUGACGCUGUUGAACUCGGUCCUGUAUCGUUGAACGGCAUGCUCUCCGGUAUGCGGUCCUUCUCUGACGGAGACAAAGUCCGCGUGGGGUGCUGGUCAGAUUCUGAGCUAGUGGCAUUCGGUUGGCAUGGAGAAGUGUAUGAGCCACUCUUUGCGCAGAACAUCGAGGGCAUCAGGGACAUCGAUUGGACGACUGCCGAAACGCCCACCAUUUUGUUCUCGGAUCGAGUCGAAUAUCACAGCAUUGUCACAGUGGAUGCCAAUAACGACAUCAUUGCAGACGCAGGUAAAGGAAAAAGCCAAGUCAAGCUGGUCUUCAGACUCGAACUGGUGCGCAGCGUGCCCCUGGCGCUCAAUGACUUUUCCGCUAUCACCUCGACGGGCGACGUGUUCGCCACUGACGUGAGGAAAGGAAAGCGUAGGCUCGAACGUGCAUUCCCCGAGAGCGACAUAGCUGCAGGGAACGCGAGUUCUCGCCAGGUAUGGAAGGCACGGUGUGACUCAGUUGCUCUGUCGUCUGCGGUGCGGAUAACUUGCACGCUACCCGUCGAGCUCAGCGUCAGCAUCCUGGGAUGCAGUGACGGACGACUACGUCGGUCUUCGUUCCUUGGCCUGUCACGCAAAGGAACCGAUCGGUAUACGCAAGUAUCAAACGUGCCACUGCAAGGCGAGAUCGUCAGCCUGCACCUCGUCGACAACGAGCGGACGAAAGAGAGACUGGUGAUAGGAGGUGCUGAUGAUGGUUCAAUGGCCAUAUGGGAUCUGCAGUCUUUGUCGUUGCGCGCCCGGUGGACGAUGUUCACCGAGCCUCUCGCUCAGGUCGUGCAUCUCAAGGGCGACUCCAUCGGAAGACUGCGCGGCUGUACCUUGUGUAUUUCGCAGGAUGGGACGAUUGCGGUCAUCGCCAUCGAUGGCUACCAGUUUAUAUUCUUGGUUCCCACAUCCUCUGCGCCUCUGAAGCAGGUCCAUGUCGGUGGUAACAACUUGAUGCUCCUAUACCGAGAUGGUCGCGCCAGGCUGUGGGACUCGAAGACGCAGGAGUUCUGGAGGUCCAUGAACGCCGACAGGACAGAUGAGAUGCUCAAACAAGGAGGGUGGACGAGCUGGUCGGUCGGCGAUGCAACACCGUCUUUCAGGAGUAUAGUCUCUCCAUUACAUGCCUCCGUAGGGGUCGACUCGGGAUGCACCAUACUGCUCGACGUAGAAGCUGCGAUUCGGCAGAGUUCCCCGUCACUAGCCGAAGCAGCAUCCACCGACAAGGCUUCGUACGCAGGCUUAGACCCGAUACGAGCCGUCUUGUCUGCGCUGCUGACUUUUGGGCUCAACAAGGAGAUAGAUAGCAUAUGUCGAGACAAACUGCGCGUCGACCGAUCGGGCGCCUCUGUGGGCCUCUAUGCGGAUAAUGCGCUGUGUUUGUACUCAGAGAAAUGCUCUGUCUGGACUGUGUCCACCGAGGUGUCCGGAUUGCUCGCUCUAGCACUCAUUGCCAUGCUGCAGACGCUACUGCGUCACGAAGAGCUUGUGCCAGAUACGACCACAGUGAUGACCUUCUACGCAGCUUCGUUACCAGAAGUACUCGGAGCCUCGUACAAGUCACCUAGUCUGCGUGUCCUAGCGAAGCAUUGGUUGCAAUCUACCGUGAAUGAGGUCAAGAGCGCCUCCAGACUCCUGAUGGAUGCCGGAAUUGCUAGAAUGUCAGACUUGGAGACUGCGGAGACAAUCGAGUACUGGCAACCGUAUCUCCCUUGUGUACAGGAUGAGGCAAAUAGAGACAACCUGCGGUGUGCAAUGGCUUUGCAUAUAUGUGGCUCGAUAGCGAUCGAGAAGUAUGCACUUCUCUUCACGAGUGCCCUCACGGACAUCGCCAAGUCGAUCGACAUUUACCUGCACGAAGAAGCUUCACCCUACCGUGCACUGGCUAUCGACCUCUGCUCACGCGGCUUCCAAGUCUGGCAGCAGCACACGGAUGCGGUUGAGAUGCUCCGCGCGCUCUUCCUCCUUGCAACGAGUGCGAAGAAGGAAGCCAUCUCGCCGCACAAUGUCGGGUCGCAAGCACGCUCAGCUGUGCUCAAUAUCGCGUCGAGCAACACCCCGUUGUUCAUAACUACGUUAACCAUCGACAUUCUGCACCCACGCAGUGUCCAGCAUCGGAAAUCGGUGAUGCAGCUCGUCAUCUUCAUCAUACGCAAGAAACCACUUGUACUGUAUAGCAACCUACCUCGUCUAGUUGAAGCUGUGGUGAAGUCCCUAGAUCCCAACUCUACUGCAAAUCGAGAUGCCAUCCUAGACUUCGCAACAGAGAUUCUCGGACAAUUUGUUCGAACCUUCCCAACGGUUGACUUCCACAUGGCCACUCAGAGGCUCGCGGUCGGGACGUCCGAGGGCGCAGUCGUGAUGUACGACCUGAAGACCGCUACACGACUCUAUGUCUUGGAGGGCCAUAAGAAGCGCACAACAGCGUGUAGUUUCUCUCCUGACGGUAGACGGUUGGUGACCGUCUCCUUGGAAGAAUCAUCCGUAUUGGUUUGGAAAGUGGGCGCAAGCUUCACGAGCUUCUUCACACCCGGGGCGCCACCGCGCCAGGGGCAUGCUGGCUCCGAACCCUUCAAGACUCUGAGCUUCAAUGUGGGGGGCGAAGCGCGCAUGUCAUUGGCCGCGACCCUGGAGAAUGUCCGCUUUGAGUGGGCUGGCGACCGUAGCGUCAAACUAAAGAUUCGCGAAAGUACAUUGACGUUCAGUACCUGACAAAAAGACGGGUCGUAUUGUCCUCAAGUCAAGCUCUGCUGCAUAGAUAUUGGUGAUAACAAUGCGUUCACGCGUCAAUCAGACUGUCGCAGGGGGCAAUUACGGCAACAUGCCACUUGCGCACCCACCGGCCCAUCGCAAAGAGGCAGGCAUCAAGAAAUGGCGUGCUGCACCGUAGGUGUGCAGUAGAAACAAUGACGCAGAUCGCGCACAAUGCCAGUGGUGAAGCUUUCUGUCAGAAUCACUGGCAGCCUUCGAACUCGGCUCCCAGCCUGAGUAGCCAUUCCAGCUUCAAACUCUUGUGUUUCAUUACAGUACUACUUAAAAUUACGUUCCUUUAUUCCCG